GAACAAUACGUACACAUCGUGGCUCUGUCUGUCCUUGAGGAAGUCGUGAUUCUGUGACUUAAAAUGAGUAAAAUAUGUGUUUUUUAACAAGUUAGUUGUUGAACAUGUUGACGUGAGCCGGUAGGAACAUAUAUUUUGCAUUUUGCACUGUGUAUUUCAGAAAGCCUUCACUAUGGUGUUUAUUUGGUACACUACCCUGCUAUAGCCAUGUUCGUUAGCCGGUUAGCUUGUAAGUCAAAUACACAGAUCCGUGUGCGCUUAUUUCCACCGAAACGACCACAAAUAUAGGAGAUUGAAGUAACCCUAAACGAUGUCUCUGGUCGGAAUGAGCCUUUGCAAAGCAACCUUACACCAGGCUGUAAGAGUGAGCUGUUUACAAAAGCAUGGCUGUCUCCUGCAAAUCCUUCGAGCGUAUUCACCGUGUAUGUCCAGAAAUGAUUGUAUGGGCAUCGGACGUACAGUCAACUCUCUGCACCGUAUGCAGAAAAUACGGAGACCUCUGCAUUUUACGCAAUCAGGGAUGUCAGCAACCUUGCUCUCAGCUGAAGAACUCUUCAGGAAGAAGUCUUUACAACAGUACCUUAAGGAGAUGGAGACAGAGUACACAGAACUUCUGAAAAGUGUAAAUUUGCCAGAGAGGGAGCAAGACGGUGAAGAAGAUGUGAAAUUGAAAAGACGGAGGUUUGCCCAUCUAGCCCCGCUGGUUGAGUGCGUCAAAAAUCUGGAACUGAAACAGCAGGAGUAUGCUGAAAUGGAGGUUUUGCUGAAAGAUGAAGACCCUGGCAUGCGAGAACUAGCAGAAAUGGACUGGCGCGCAUGUCAGGAGGCUGUAGAGGAACUCAGGCAGAAGAUCCUGUCCCAGCUGAUCCCGGCGGAGGAGCAGGACGAGAGCGACCUGGUGCUGGAGCUGUGUGCCGGCGUGGGGGGGCAGGAGGCCAUGCUCUUCACCGCCGAGGUCUUCCUCAUGUACCAGAGCUUCGCCGCCUUCCAGGGCUGGCGGUUUGAGACGCUCGAGUUCACGCCCAGUGAGAUAGGAGGCCUACGCCACGCCACGGCCAGCAUCAGCGGCCUCCAGAGCUACAAGAGGAUGAAGUUUGAGGGGGGGAUCCACCGGGUGCAGCGGGUGCCCAAGACCGAGAAGCAGGGCCGCCUCCACACCAGCACCAUGUCGGUGGCGGUCCUGCCCCAGCCCACAGAGAUAACUUUCACAAUCAACCCAAAGGACCUGCGGAUCGAAACCAAGAGGGCGAGUGGAGCUGGAGGCCAGCACGUCAACACCACAGACAGCGCCGUCCGAAUCGUGCACAUGCCCACAGGAGUGGUGUCGGAGUGUCAGCAGGACAGGUCUCAGCUGAAGAACAGGGAGAAGGCCAUGCAGGUCCUCCGGGCGAAGCUGUACAGCCUGCGGCUCGAGGAGGAGACCAGCAAGAGACACCAGGCCCGCAAGAUCCAGAUCGGUACCAAAGGAAGAUCUGAGAAAAUCAGGACCUACAACUUUUCCCAAGACCGGAUCACGGAUCACAGGAUCGGAAAAACGGUUCACAACGUGAGAGCGUUCCUGCUGGGAGAAGAUCUGCUGGAGGAGAUGAACGUGGCUCUGCUGCAGUUUGGGGAGCAGGAAGCUCUCCUGGACGUUCUGGAAGAACACCUUUACCUUUCCCAUGACUGAUCUGUUUUUUUGUCAAAUAAAAGGCUGUGUCAAAUAAUA